CUCAUUCACCGGAGCUUUUGCUGCACUAAAACGCAGGCAAACUGACACCCAUCGGGGUAGUUUAACCCUCGAGAAACAAAUGUCAGUGAAGAGUUUGGCAGAAAAGGCGAAAAACAGUGUAAAAAAAUCUGAUGUAGAGCCAACAGAGACUUGUUCGCUAAUGGUUAUUGUUACUGGGUAACCCUCGUGUGAUCGUCAAGCGAUUUUUAUUUUUAAUUUUUUUUUUUGGAAUGGAAAAUACAUACACAGGAAUGGACAACUGUUGACAAAAUUAAUAGCAAACAUCAAAUCCCUGGAGCUAACGGAUUUCUUCAGGAGUUGAGGAAUAUAAGAGAAUGUCUGGGAAUCUGUCCCUGUUUUUGGCGACGUCCCCAGAGCUGCCGGAAAACUCAUCCUCCAACUCCUCCUUCGCACCUUGGUCCCCGGAUUGGGCGGCCCCCACUUUCACCAGGGCGGCCCAGUUCCGAGUGGUGGCCACCCUGGUGCUCUUCGUGUUUGCGGCCGUCAGCAACCUAUCGGUGCUGAGCAGCGUGGCGUGGGGGCGGGGCCGGAGACUGGCCUCCCAUCUGCGGCCCCUCAUCAUGAGCCUGGCGGUAGCCGACCUCAUGAUGACCUUCAUCGUGAUGCCACUGGACGCUGUGUGGAACGUGACCGUGCAGUGGUACGGCGGUGACGCUCUCUGCAAGCUGCUCUGCUUCCUCAAGCUCUUCGCCAUGCACUCGUCGGCCUUCAUCCUCGUAGUCAUCAGCCUCGACCGGCGCCACGCCAUCCUCCACCCCCUCGACUCCUUCAACGCCAGCCGCAGGAACAAGAAGAUGUUGCUCCUGGCCUGGUCCCUCAGCCUGCUUUUGGCCUCCCCACAGCUCUUCAUCUUCCGUGCCAUCAAGGCCGAAGAUGUGGACUUCAUCCAGUGCGUGACCCACGGGAGCUUCCGGCACCGCUGGCAGGAGACGGCCUACAAUAUGUUCCACUUUGUCACGCUCUACGUCGUCCCCCUGCUGGUCAUGAGCGGAUGUUACACCCGCAUCCUCAUUGAGAUCAACCGGCAGAUGCUAAAAAGCAGAGGGACAGAGCCAUGCUUGAGACGUAGCGGCACAGACAUGAUCCCCAAGGCACGGAUGAAGACUCUUAAAAUGACCAUCGUCAUUGUGGUGUCCUUUGUGAUCUGCUGGACUCCCUACUACCUGUUAGGCAUCUGGUACUGGUUCCAGCCAGAGAUGCUGCGCGUGACGCCUGAGUAUAUCCACCACUUCCUGUUUGUGUUCGGAAACUUCAACACCUGCUGUGACCCCGUCAUCUAUGGUCUGUACACUCCUUCUUUCCGUGCCGACCUGGCUGCCUGCUGGUGUCGUCGGUCCCGGAACUCCUCCCCAAGAUCGCUGGAGCACCUUUCAGCCCGAAGGGGGGCUGCCAGCGGCGAAGCGGAGUCUGAUAUCCCCAGUGGUGACCAGCACAGUAGCAUUCAGCAGUAGGGAUCGACAACUACGAGAGUCCUUCACUGUCAUGUCAUGCCGUCCCUGUGGAUGCAGAUUCUGAGUCUCUAUUCAUAGAAACUUCCAUAACUCGGUAUCAUAGGAUUAUGAUUCACUUCCCGUGCCAUGAAAAAGGAUGAUAUACAUAUUUCUUGGAUGGAAACGCAUAGUUUCAAU